UCCGGUUCCCAGGCUGAAUUGGUGGUGAGCGGAUCCCGAGGUGACGGAGGCCGGUCUGCUGAAGAGGGCCUUACGUGAAAUGGACAGCCGGAUUCCUUAUGAUGACUACCCGGUGGUUUUCCUGCCUGCCUAUGAGAAUCCACCAGCAUGGAUUCCUCCUCAUGAGAGGGUAUACCACCCAGACUACAACAAUGAGUUGACCCAGUUUCUUCCCCGACUUGUCACACUGAAGAAGCCUCCUGGAGCUCAGUUGGGAUUUAACAUCCGAGGAGGAAAGGCCUCCCAGCUAGGCAUCUUCAUCUCCAAGGUGAUUCCUGACUCUGAUGCACAUCGAGCAGGACUUCAGGAAGGGGACCAAGUUCUAGCUGUGAAUGAUGUAGAUUUCCAGGAUAUUGAACAUAGCAAGGCUGUUGAGAUCCUGAAGACAGCCCGUGAAAUCAGCAUGCGUGUCCGCUUCUUUCCCUACAGUAAGUGACACUCUCCUUUUCACUUACAUGGCAGACCCUAGAUUAUCACCGCCAAAAAGAGAGGACUGUGCACUAGAGAGUUGCAGCCCACAACCCUUCAUGUGGACUCUGCCAGGACAAGCUGGCUAGACUACAGGGAAGCCACUUUUACACUCAGUCCCUCCCUGGCAUAGUAAAAUGGGGAAGAUAGGGAGACAGUUAACCAACUUUAUUACCCAAACUGUACUGUACUUUCAGGUCCCAAGUUUUUUAAGUGAGCUUUAUUCCCUGAAAGGAUAAGGAUGAUGAUGUCAAGGUAUAACCUAGGGAAGCCAGUUAGAAAAAGCAACUGACAUUUAUUGAAUACCAUGUGCUAGUCUCUUACAUAUCAUUUAUAUUAUAGAAAUCAGUAGAAAAGAAUCUUAGGGCUCUUCCAUCUGAUUUGCCUGGCCAUCUCAUCCCAUCUUUGUACUACCAAAGUUUUUAUAUGCUUUGGAGACUCCAAUAAAACCCUGGUUUUGCUCCUUCCUCCUCCUCCUUUCCCCACAAAAGUAAAACACAGUGCUGAAGAAA